AUGAGUAUUCGUUGGGAGGAACCAUACCAUGAUGGUGGCAGCAAAGUCUCUGGAUACUGGAUUGAAAAGAAAGAGCGUAACACAAUUAUCUGGGUGGAAGGCCUUGUUGAUGGUCUUGAGUACCAGUUCAGAGUGUAUGCAAUGAAUAGUGCUGGCCUCAGCAAAGCAAGUGAAGCAUCAAAGAGAGCUGUGGCACAAAAUCCAGUUGGCUACAUUGUUGAGCGCAAGCCAUAUACUGUCACUGGAGAAGGUCGCUGGCUUAAGUGUAACUACACUAAUGUUACUGACACAAAUUUCACUAUCACUGCACUGGGAGAAGGAGAAGAAUAUGAAUUCCGUGUAAUUGCCAAGAAUGCAAAUGGAGUGUUGAGCCUGGCAUCAGUUUCAACAGGACCAGUGACUUGCAAAGCAGAAUACAGUAUGUAUCACACAAGCAGAGCUGACAGCAAACUCCUUGUGGACACAGUUGUAAUUAGAGCGGGAUCUGAUCUGGUGCUGGAUGCUGCUGUUGGUGGUAAACCUGAGCCUAAAGUCAGCUGGUCCAAGGGUACAAAAGAGCUAGAGCUCUGUGAAAAAUAUGCUCUCCAAUAUUCAAGUACCCGUGCUAUGGCAAUCAUCAAGUUCUGUGAUAGAGAUGACACUGGGAAGUAUGUUUUGACUGUUAAAAAUGCAAGUGGAACAAAAACCGCUGAGGUCAAUGUUAAAGUGCUUGAUACACCUGGUCCCUGUCAGGAGAUUACAGUCAGCAAUGUAUCUGAGGAAAAAUGCACAGUGUCUUGGAAAGAGCCACUAGAGGAUGGAGGUGACCCCAUCACACAUUACAUUGUUGAAAGAAGGGAUACCAACAGACUUAACUGGGUUAUCAUGGAGGCUGAAUGCAAAGCCCUAACAUGUGAAAUUAAAAGACUGUUUAAGAACAAUGAAUAUAUCUUCCGUGUGAGAGGUGUAAACAAGUAUGGAUCUGGUGUGGUAGUACAGUCUACUCCCAUCUUUGCCCGAAACUCAUUCACUGUUCCAUCACCACCUGGAGCUCCAGAAAUCCUUGCAGUUGGAAAAGACUUUGCAACGAUUGAGUGGCUGAAGCCUGAGAGUGAUGGUGGCAGUGAAGUCACAAACUACUUGAUUGAGUUCCGUGAAAGAAAGAGUGUUCGUUGGAUCAAGGUUAACAGAGAUUCUGUUCUCAAGGACACAUCCUUCAAAGUCACUGGCCUCCAUGAAGGCAACAUUUACCAGUUCCGCAUUACAGCCAUGAAUGCAGCUGGUGAUAGUGAACCUAGUGAAGUGUCAAUGUAUGCAGUAUGUAGAGUACCAACAGGCACUCCAGAUCCACCUUCAAUUCCACGGGUUACAGACACCCACAAAGAUAAUAUUAGCCUUGCUUGA